GGUGCCGGGACCCAGACGCCCGACGCCCGGCGCUGCCGGCAGCUCGCGCCGCCGCGCAUCCGGCCACAUCUGAAGAGCCACAAAAUGGAAGAGGAAGGGGAGCACGCCUCCGCAGGGCGCUUUGGGGGGCGCGGGCCGCGACCCGUCGGGGUCCGGGCGCUCCCUGCCUGACUCGCUUCUCUCAGCCAGCGGCCCACCGCCGCGCCUCAGCCCCGCCGCUGCUCCAAGACGCCUCUCUCCGCUUCCUGGAGCCACCCGGAGGCUUCGCUUCCCAGCGGCCCCGCUCCGCAGCCCCCAACCUCGGCGCUCCAGCCGCGCACACCCCGACCUCCCCCUACCAAGCCCCGCGUAGCCUCGAGCGCCGGGACAGCGCCCCCCAGCAGCCGGGCAAGACGAGGCCAUGGAGCGCGAGGUGCAGCGGCUUCGCCGGGCGUUCCGAUCCGGCCGCUCGCGGCCCCUGCGGUUCCGGCUGCAGCAGCUCGAGGCCCUGCGGAGGAUGGUGCAGGAGCGCGAGGCGGACAUCCUGGCGGCCAUCGCCGCCGACUUGUGCAAGAGCGAAUUGAAUGCAUACAGUCAGGAAGUCAUUACCAUCCUUGGGGAAAUUGACUUUAUGCUGAAUAAUCUUGCCGACUGGGUCACCGCUAAGCCGGUGAAGAAGAACCUGUUCACCAUGCUGGACGAGGCCUAUGUUCAGGCCGAGCCGCUGGGAGUCGUCCUGAUCAUCGGAGCUUGGAACUACCCGUUCGUCCUCACCAUUCAGCCGCUGAUCGGCGCCAUCGCUGCAGGGAACGCCGUGAUCCUCAAGCCUUCUGAACUAAGUGAACACACGGCUCAGGUCUUGGCCAAGCUGCUCCCUCAGUACUUAGACCAGGACCUGUACGCUGUCGUGAACGGUGGCGUGAAGGAAACCACGGAGCUCCUGAAGGAGCGCUUUGACCACAUUCUGUAUACGGGAAAUGCUGCCGUCGGGAGGGUCGUCAUGGAAGCUGCGGCCAAGCAUCUGACCCCGGUGACUCUUGAGCUGGGAGGGAAAAGUCCAUGUUACAUCGAUAAAGACUGUGACCUGGACACUGUCUGCAGGCGCAUAACUUGGGGGAAGUACAUGAACUGUGGCCAAACCUGCAUUGCUCCCGACUACGUUCUCUGUGAAGCGUCCCUGCAGAACCACAUUGUGCAGAAGAUUAAGGAAACCGUGCAGGAAUUUUAUGGAGAAAACAUAAAAGAGUCUCCUGAUUAUGAACGGAUCAUCAAUCUUCGUCACUUUAAGAGGAUACAAAGUUUGCUUGAAGGACAAAAGAUAGCUUUUGGUGGGGAGACCGACGAGGCCACGCGCUACAUAGCCCCGACAGUACUGACUGAUGUUGACCCUGAAGCCAAAGUGAUGCAGGAAGAAAUUUUCGGACCAGUUCUUCCGAUAGUGCCUGUGAAAAACGCAGACGAAGCUAUACAGUUCAUAAAUGAACGUGAAAAGCCCCUGGCUCUCUAUAUAUUUUCUCAUAACGAUAAGCUCAUCAGACGGAUGAUUGACGAGACGUCCAGUGGUGGUGUCACAGGCAAUGACGUCAUCAUGCACUUCACGCUCAACUCCUUGCCCUUUGGAGGAGUGGGUCACAGCGGGAUGGGGGCUUACCACGGAAAGCAUACUUUUGACACUUUUUCCCACCAGCGCCCCUGCUUGUUGAAGAGUUUAAAGGGAGAAAGCGCUAACAAGCUCAGGUACCCCCCCAACAGCCAGUCCAAGGUGGACUGGGCCAAGUUUUUCCUCCUGAAACAGUUCCACAAAGGAAAGCUCGGCCUCCUGCUGCUCGCCGUCCUGGGCAUCGUGGCAGCCCUGCUGGUCAAGAAACACCAAGCUGUGCUGAGGAGACAGGCCCUGUCGAUUUUUCUAGUAGCUCACAGCCUGCGUGGGCCCAGGAAGCAGUGAGGACCAGAUCUCAAAGGCCAGCUCUGUCUGUCACAGCGAGACUGGAUACUACUGAAGACUGACCCUCUUCCAUCUCCUAAUCGCCUCUACCGAAUUAUUCUUCUAUUAAGUGGUUAAUGAACCUGUGAUUUUUUAAAAAAUACUACCACAAAGCAGAAAAUACGCAGAUCCACCAUGAUCAAGCCUGACCGUCAUUGCCACGGCCCACGAACAAUGCCGGCAGACCCCGGCAUUCCCUGAGAGGGUGUUCAGAGGACCUGCUGCGGGCUGUGCUUGCCCAGGUCGUGCCGCCGGGCUGAGGGGGAGAGACCAGUGCUCCUUGGGGCCGGAAGACACCCAGCACUGCCCGUCCAGGAGCCCAGCUGUCCUCUGAGGUUGCGGGAGCCGAGGCUGGAUCCCGCCCAGCUCCCUCUGAGGUUUGAGGCACUGCACCGCACGGGCAGGGGUUGCCUCUCACCUGUGGGGCCCCGAGGGCUCGAGCUCAAGGCGGUGCCCUCUGGCCCCGUGGUCCCAGCGUGUGGCAUCCGCACAGCCCAGGCGUGCCUGUGUCUGGCUUGGACAGUCUUCCGAGGCCUCCCGUGGCUGCUGUGACUGGUACCACUCAGAGCACCUUGUAAAUCCUCAGGCUCCCAAAAAGCCAUUGCCUAUUUCGUGUACGUAGCACCUGUCAUUCUGACGGUGCCAGGCCCGGAGACAGAAUCUACAUCUUAAUGAAACCUAACUAGCGUUUUUAAAAUACUGUAAUAAAAGUAAUUAUAAACAUGCUCUUCCUCUCUCAGGACCCCAUCGCUGCAAGAUAACAAAUCUCCAAGAGUUAAAUCUCGAAAUGUCGUGUUUCUGUAGCACAGUGGAAGUAAAAUUCACGUUUUGAAAACUCUGAAGUGAUCCCUUUGAGUACAUUCUGCCUACUGGACUCAGUACAGUGGCGGAAGCAUCCCCGCUCCCUCUCCCUCUCCCUCUCCCAGAAGAAGAGGCCUUGGCUCGUAGGACUGGGGUUUCGGCCCUGUAGGUGGCAGAGAGAUGGCAGAGCCCUGGGAGAAGUUUGGAGAAGCGUUGAGUGAGCCCACUGGCUGUCCUGAUUUGGGGGGGGUGUGUGUGUGUGUGAAGGAUCUGAGCAAGCAAGACGGGACCCUUGGCAGAGCCUGGGGCUGUGCUGUACUCCUCCCCUGCUGCAGGGACCCCACCCGGCCCCCCAGUCCACUCAGUGAGGCAUUGUAACUCACUUGAAUGUAGCACUGGCUUUGUUGAAUAAGUUCCAUUAAGGCUGUCUGAAACAUGUCUCUCACAGUAUAAGGUGCUAAGAAUUAGUCACUGACCUAGCUUAGUUAAAAGUUGCCUUGGGGCUGGUGUUGUAUUGUAGCCAGUUAAGCCUCCACCUUCAGUGCCAGCAACUCAAAUGGGCACCGCUUCAUGUCCUGGCUGCUCCACUUCCGAUCCGGCUCUUUGCUGUGGCCUGAGAAAGCAGCGGAAGAUGGUCCAAAUGCUUGGGCCCCUGCACCUGUGUGGGAGACCCGGAAGAAGCUCCUGGCUUCAGCCUGGGCCACCAUUCUCUAUUGCAGAUCUGGGGAGUGAACCCAGCAGACGGAAGACCUCUGCCACUCUUCUCUGUCUCUGGAACUCUGCCUUUCAGAUAAACAAAAUCUUUAAAUAAACAAGUUGCCUAAACUUUCAGCAUAAUCAGCCAUAAAAAAAUUAGAGUGUAUUAAAUCAUACUUUGUAAUUUUUAAUUAAAAUAAAUCAUUGGCUUGCCUAGUAAUAUGCCCUCCCAAAUAAAUGUAUUUCAUAAAA